AUGUCCGACGUGAGUGUCCUGGACGCCCCGGCCGUCAUCUUCGACAAUGGGUCUGGCCUGUGCAAGGCAGGCCUGUCGGGGGAGAUCGGACCCCGCCACGUGGUCAACUCGGUCGUGGGCCAACACUGGUUCAAGGCACCGUCGGCCACCGCCAACCAGAAGCUGUACUUCGUGGGCCAAGAGGCCCUGCAGAGGGCUGGCAGCGUGCAGCUCUGCUGGCCCGUGGAGCGCGGCCGCGUGACGUGCUGGGAUGCGGCUGAGAAGCUAUGGAAGCACGUGUUCGAGUGGGAGCUGGGCGUGAAGGCGAGCGAGCACCCCGUGCUCAUGACCGAGUCGGCGCUGAACCCCUGGGAGGCUCGGGAGAAGAUGACGGAGCUGCUGUUCGAGGGCUUCGGAGUGCCCGCCUUCUACCUGUCCGACCAGGCCGUGCUGGCGCUGUACGCGUCCGCCUGUGUCACGGGGCUGGUGGUGGACAGCGGCGACGGUGUCACCUGCUCUGUGCCCAUCUUUGAGGGUUAUUCUCUGCCCCACGCCGUCACCAAGCUGGACCUGGCCGGGAAGGACAUCUCCGAGCACCUGGGCCGGCUGCUGAAGGCGGGCAGCCAUGCCGUGCAGAGUACGCUGGACGCGGCCCUGCUGGACGACAUCAAGGAGAAGCUGUGCUAUGUGGCCCUGCAGCCUGACCAGGAGCUGGCCCGGCGGCCGGAGGAGGUGACCCGAGAGUACACGCUCCCCGACGGCCAGACCAUCACUCUGGGCGACCAGUUGUUCCAGGCGCCCGAGGCCCUGUUCACGCCCGAGCUGCUGGGGCUGCAGAGCCCUGGACUCGCCCACAUGGUGGCAGGCAGCAUCGGCAAGUGUGACGCCGACAUCCGCAAGACGCUCUUUGCGGAGAUCGUGCUGUCGGGGGGCUCCACCCUCUUCCAGGGCCUGGAUGACCGACUGCUGCGCGAGCUGGAGCACCUAGCGUCCAGGGGGACCCCCAUCAAGAUCACGGCACCGCCUGACCGUUGGUUCUCCACCUGGAUCGGGGCUUCCAUUGUCACCUCCUUGAGCAGCUUCAAGCAGAUGUGGGUGACGGCUGCCGACUUCCGAGAGGGGGGCGCAGGGGUGGUGCAGAGGCGCUGCUUCUGA